AAACCAUUCGUCGUCAGUCGUCACCAACAGAGAGUUACAGUGGAUUUUAGCUAUGCGGAGAGCAAGUAUGGGUUCCGAUUCCGAGUAUGCUUUUCGGUUACAGAUGGAGGAGGCACUCGCGGCUUCUCUAUCUUCUCAAUCUCGCACUCCUCAACGACCACCAUCGCCUCCGAUUGUGGCUCGGUGUGGUAUCGCUAUCGUUGAAAACGAUCGGAACGAUUCGAAGACGGCUAAAACAAGUAGCGGUUACGGUUUCGAUUUUAGGAGAGCCAUCGGCGGAGGAAACUCUAAAGGCAAAGGCAAAACCAACGAGUCUGUCACUGCUGUACGUACAGAUGAACCUAACCCUAACAUUGGGCUCGGUAACUCCCGGAGUACUUCCGGACACGAUAAUAUGAAACCCUUGCCGCAGGUAACUGUUCGUCCGGCGCAAUUAGUCGGUGAGGGUAGUUCGAGGGUUAACGCUGCUGCCGGAAAAUUUAAUGGAAACCUCUUGUAUAGGCUUUACUUUAAGGGUUUGGUUAGCGAUGAGAACGGGAAGGGGAAGAUGACGGACGUAGUGGCUGGGUUUGGGGUUGCUAUUUGUGACCAGAGGGAUAAUUUGUUGUUUGAGAUGAAGGGACCAUUGAUGGACAAUGGCACGAGUCGUCAGGGAGCAGAGCUUAAGGCAUUGAUCCGAGGAUUAACCGAAGCAUUGAAGUUGGGGAUUAAGCAUAUUGUUUUCUUUUGCGAUUCUUUCCCGAUUUUCCAAUUCGUCACGGGAAAAUGGAUGGCUAAGCAAAAGAAGAUUUCCUUGUUGUUAGAUGAUCUGCAAAGCAUCAUGCAACACUUUUCAUCUUGUCAGCAUGUUCUGGUGGCUGGAAAUGAUGUUAAAUUUGCUUAUAAACUUGCAAGGGAAUCAAUACUUUCUAAGGUCACCCCGCAUGAAGAUCCUCGCCAAGCAAAAGCAGCUCGGAAAGAGGAGUGUGCUAUCUGUUUCAACGACAUCCUUGCUGAGCGCAUGUUUUCUGUUGAAAAAUGCCGUCACCGCUUUUGCUUUCAUUGUGUGAAACAACAUGUAGAGGUGAAGCUGCUUCAUGGAAUGGUUCCCAAAUGUCCUCACGAUGGCUGCAAGUCUGAGCUGGUUAUCGAUGCCUGUGGCAAGCUUUUGACUCCAAAACUGAGUAAAAUGUGGCAACAAAGACUUAAAGAGAAUGCAAUACCUGUCACAGAGAGAGUUUACUGCCCUUACCCGAGGUGCUCGGCUUUAAUGUCCAAGACCAAGAUUUCUGAAUCUGCCAAGAGCUUACUGUCUGUUUACCCUAAAUCUGGAGUUAGGAGAUGUGUUGAAUGUCGUGGCCUCUUCUGUGUGGAUUGUAAAGUUCCGUGGCAUGCAAAUCUGUCCUGCGCUGAGUAUAAGAAAUUGCAUCCUAACCCUCCAGCAGAUGAUGUGAAGCUAAAAUCUCUUGCGAACAAUAAGAUGUGGCGCCAAUGUGGCAAGUGCCAACACAUGAUUGAACUUUCACAAGGAUGCAAUCACAUAACUUGCAGAUGUGGGCAUGAGUUUUGCUACAAUUGCGGAGGUGGAUGGAACAAGAAAAUGAGGACUUGUGUAAAUCGGUGCCCGGCCUGGAACGAAGAAUACAUCACACGUGAAGAUCCAGUGCGUGCCAAUGUGGCGCCUAACAACUACUUUGAUGAUGAGGAUGAGGACAGUGAUGAUGAUGAUUACGACUAUGAAGACUUCUUCCACCCUCAUUUUGGACAUGCUAUGAAUGCUCAUAAUCCUGAAGAGCCCUUCGACCCCUUCUUCGACUUGCCAGAUGGUGUGAUCUUUACCCCCGAGAUGUUGUCUCCCAAGAGUCGUCUCCAAUUGUACAUGGCGGAAGCAGAUGAGGAUUGCGAAUACUUUGGGAAGUAUGGAAAGUACACUACAGUGUACGACUCCGACGGCUAUGAAAUCGAGGACUACACGAACCCUUUCCAUCCUGAUUACCCUCACUUCUGAGGAUUGGUUUGGAACCAAAGUUCGAUCUUUUUUUUUUUUUCUAGGUCCAAACUCUUUUGCUAUAUUAUGCUAUUUUACUCUUUAAUCGUUUUUUGAGGUUCAUGUUUCUAUGACUUGUUGUUCUGUAUGAGUUUGGGUAAUCUUGGAGUUUGUAGACACCUUGGGAUUAAAGUUAGUGCAUUGUU